AUGUCAGGCGCCUUUCCUGUAUACGAGUCAUAUUCUGAAUGUAUGAAAGAAUGCGCCUCUGUGGUUUCAUAUUGCGUCGGCCCACCGCCGCUGAUCGUUUGCCAAUUGAACGUGGUGGUUUUCUUGGCCUGCAUACUACUCGCUGUCUUUACAGGCGUUGCAAUACCUGUAACAUGCCUUCUAUGUUAUGUAACCAAUUGGUGCUCCGAAGUGACGCGGAUAUGGCGCCGCCGACAAGCUUCCGACGAAGAAGCAAUGAACCUGAAUCCUCGAAGUGUACAAGGUAAGCAGUAA